UUUGAACAAAAUAAAAUAGGCUAUAUAGGCGAUGGCGAUUAGAUCAGCGUGUCGGUCGAAGAAAAUAAUAAAAUCGAAGUACCCUACGAGUAUUCUAAUCUAAUAUUCUUUUUGAAAGCAAAACGACCUAGCAAGUACUUAUACUAUAAACAGAAAUUAUCUGAGGAUUUGCUAUGGCAGUGAAUAGGUUUAUGCACCCGCGAAACAUUUACAAACAACCACCUGAUUUUGGAACGCUAGCGAAGAAAUAUACAGAAUUCGCAUCCAUAGCAAAAUUGGAUGUGACCGGCAAAGUGAGCAUUGACUUUAAAGACCCACAUUCAUUGAGAGUCCUAACUAAAUGUUUAUUGAAGUCUGAUUUCAAUCUUGAUGUUGACAUACCUGAAGAUAGGUUAGUUCCAACAUUACCACUUCGACUAAAUUACAUAUUAUGGAUUGAAGAUAUUUUGAAGGUAAUAAAUGAAGAAAAUGGUAUAUGGGGCCUAGAUAUUGGAACAGGUGCAUGUGCAGUGUAUCCUCUGUUAGCUGCCUCAAAAAAUAAAUGGUGCAUGGUGGGGACUGAAACGGAUGAAGCUAGUUUUAUUAAAGCUCAAGAAAAUGUAAAAAGAAAUAAUUUAGAGGCACUUAUAACAGUGAAGAAGAAUCCAUCCUCAACUGUAAUUGAUCAUGUACUGUCUGAAGAGUCUGAAAAAAAAUUCGUUUUUUCAAUGUGUAAUCCACCAUUCUAUAGCAGUUUUCAAGAACUAUGGGAAUCUCGAAGUCCCGCAAGGCUUCCACCUAAAAAUGGAUUCACAGGAUCUCCUCAGGAGCUGAUUACUGAAGGUGGAGAACUAGAAUUUUGCAAAAACUUUAUAAAUGAAAGUAAAAAUCACAAAGACAGAGUUGUAGUUUAUACUACUAUGGUGGGCCACAAGUACAAUUUUAAGGAAUUGCUGGAAUACCUAAAAUCUGAAGGUAUAAAAUAUACACACACUGAAUUCUGUCAAGGUCGUGUUACACGCUGGGGUCUUGCUUGGACUUAUCAAGACUAUGACAUUUACAACUUAGUGCCACCAAGAGGCCAACCUCAUAAGAAGAAUCUUCCAAUAGCUUAUUUACUGCCUGCAAUACCUGACAGACCUCAUGAUGUAGAAACUGCUUCAAACAAACUAAAGGCCAUCAUGGAUGACUUGCACAUGACAUACAAGGUGAUAAAUAAAAGAGGAAACAACAUAAUGUUAGAUGUUACAGCACCUACCAACACUUGGUCCAACCAGAGACGUAAAAGAAGGCUCAUGCAGAGAUUGGUGGCAGAAGAUGCCAAGAGGUCCAAACCUGAAGGUAAUGCUGAACCUACUAGCAUCCACUUGUCAUCUACACUUGAAAGCGAAGAAGAGAAGCAAGAUCAAGCAGGUCAUAAAAAUAUCUGCAACCCAGAAGAAAUGAGUAGCAUAAAUAACAAUAUAAACAAUAGUGAUUCUAAAACCAGUGACAAUCUUGUGGUACAUGCAAUGCUUAAGAUAUUAAAAAGAGAUAAUGACAUCAUAAUGGAAAUGGAAUUCUUAAAUGGUACUGCUGGUAAAGAAGGAUUGCAUCAAAUAGUUCAAUACAUUAAAAAUAACUGGAAGUAAAA